AUGGCGGAAUCCAACCCCGGCGCCGCGUUUGCGCCCAACGCCUAUGCAAACGCCUUUGUCGCCGCCAAACCUCGCGAUGCGGCCAACCUCGUACAGCAGAGGCUGCGCAAGGCGAAGCUCUUCAACGAGGAGCUCGCAGACUACUUUGCCGCGCGCCGCGAACUCGAGGAGACCUACCUCAAGCAGCUCCAAAAGAUCUCGAAACGCAGCUUCCUCUCCGACCCGUCCUCCAUCCCGCCUGGCUUCGCGCCCGUCUACGAGCGCCUGGUGCAGGAGCUGGCGGAAGUAGCAAGCGCGCACGGCGAGCUCGAGAAGCGCAUCGCCGAAGACUGCGAGGCUCCCAUCCGCAACGCCAGCUCCAAGGGCGAGUGGAGCCGCAUCAAGGACCACGACGACUCGCUCGCCAACACGCUGCGCGAACUCAACUCGCUCGAAUCGCAGCUCCAAAAGGAUCAGAAGAAGCUAGAGACCGCUUCGUCCAAAAAAGCCUCCCAGGCCAAUGCGAAGCUGAGCGAGACCGAGCGCUCCAUCGCACAGACCAUGGAGCUCUGGGAGACCGAAGCGCCCUUCGCCUUCGAAGCCUACCAGCGCAUCGAUGCGCAGCGUCUCGAGCUGCUCAAGGAGACCGUCGCCAAGUUCGAGACCGCACAGAGCGAUGCCGCCCAGCGCAUCAUGUCGAGCUCCGAAAAGACCAUGCAGCAGUGCCUCUCCUUUGAUACCCAGGCUGACAUGCAGGACUUUAUCCUCAAGAACGGCGUGCUCGGUGCCGACGCCACCGCACGCAACGGCAGGAGGCCCAGCGCACGUCCGCCCACCACGUCUUCCAUCACCACUGGUCUCAAUCGGCAAAACUCGGUGGCUGGUCGCAGCAUCAGCAGCCGCACGGGCGCAGACUCGUCGAUGCGUGCACCUGCAGGACGCACCAACGGCACAGGCAUGGGCGAGUUCGGCGCCUCGUCGGCAUCCAUCCAUUCGGCCGACCGCACUGUGGGCAGCACCAACGAUGCGUCCACGCCCAGCAAGGGCGCCGGCUCCACGCUCAAGAACGCCUUCAGCCGCUUCGGCCGCAGCCGCGCGAACAAGGACUCGGCCAACACGCAGACGAUGUACGGCGGGCUGCCCGACGAGCCCGCUGGCGACUCGUCGUUGUCGUCCAUGACGCGCAGCAACACGGUGCGUCAGAACUCGGCCACGGCCGGCGCUGGGUCGUCGUCGCGCAACCCGACGCUGCUCACGCCGGGCGACGAAUCGAUCGACUCGAUCGGGCCGGGAUCCGUCACGGGGCUCAUGGCGCCGCUCACGCCGUCGACCGCGCCCGCACGCAAGAACUCGGUGCUCGCCUCGUCGGCGGCUGGUGCCACGCCCGCACCCAGCGCUGCGCCCGUCACCACGGGUGCACCGCCCAUGGUCGACUCGGAGGGCUACUCGAUCCCGCCGCCGGACCGCAAGCCGUGGGAGACGCCUGCGGCGCUCGGAGCUGCGGGUGGUGGUGCGGCGUCGGGCGCGUCGCUGCUGGACGAUGGCGAGGGCGAUGCGUCGCGCGACACGUUCGACACCUCGCUCAACAACCGCGUGAGCACGAUGAACAUCAGCAGCCAGCCGAUCGCCGAGGAUGCGUCGCGCGACAAGGCGGCGCUGGAGCGCAUGAAGUCGACGCUGCUCACGAGCGGGCCGCCGUCGCGGCGCGGAACGACGCGGCGCGACCGCCGUGAUGUGCGCAACACGACGUACAACCCUGCCUUUGCCGGCGUGGGUGCGGGCGGCGACGAGAGCCGGCUGAGCCAGUUUGGCGCACUCACGGCGUCGCCCAACUCGAGCGUGCCCGGUUCGCCCUCGCCGUUUGGGGCGCAGUCGGCGUUUACCGGUGUGGCGGGGACGGGCAGGCAUCGCACGCAGAGCAUUGCGUCCGUGGCAUCGUCCACUGCCAACGCGAACCCGUUCGAGGCGAGUGCGAGCACGUCGCCCAUCCGUGCGAGCCUCACCGAGCGCGUGAAUGCCAUCUUUGUCGGCCGCGACGUGUCCAAGGUGAUGGUCGUCGGCGAGCUCAGCGUUGCAGUGGGCGCGAGUCUGGGUGCGGCCGAACCGGUGCAUUUGCGCAUCGAGGCGUUUGAACAGCUCGAAAAGGCGGCUCCCAAUCCGGCGUUCCUCAAGCCCGUACCGGGCGGUAGCACUCCGGGCGAGUAUCUGUUGGAUGUCAAGGCGGUUUUGGAGCAAGGGGGCGGUGUGGGGUUGCCGGGUAGUGGAGCGCAGGCAGUGGUGCUCAAGUAUCAACUGCAUAUUUCGGACAGUAGGAAGAACGACUUUGUUCCGCUGCAGAUGCAUGCACAGUGGCGGUGCGAAGCGCACCAGACUUCGUUCCUCAUGACGUACGCGCCCAAUGCGGCGUGCAGGUUGACGGAUGCCGACACAAGCGCGGCGACACCAGCCGUUCUGGAAGACCUCCAACUGGCGGUGAACAUCUCGCCGUCGAGUGUGACCAACAUCAUGUCCAAGCCUACGGCGACGUUUGUGGGCGAUACGAGCAGCCUGUUUUGGAAAAUCACCGAUGCCCUUUCGCUCGCCGAUACCGAGCCGCGAAAGGUGCUGGCAAGAUGCCAGAUCGAAGGCAGCCCUACUGUGCCCCAACCAGUGCAUCUGCGUUGGAAGAUCAAGGGCCGCUCCAUCGCUCCCAUCGCAAUCGCCGUGCGUGGAGAUCACGCCGUCGGAGAACUCAUCCGAACCUGCACCGCUGGAAAGUUCUUCGCCUCGCCUUAA